CCAUUCCAGCAACUUCAUUCUUCUCCCUGUAUAAUAGUGGAUUUUCCAUGGUGGAUUUGUGGUGGGCUAUUUUGGGUGCUGUACUGGCUCCUACAUGCAUCGCUGUAAUCCAAUUGUGCUUUAUUAUUGAAAUUGCUGAGACCUAAUUUUCCGAUCCUGUCACUGUUGACGAGCGCCGUAAUCAGCUAAUUCAAGUUAUUCCAGACCAUUAAGUCACACACAGGGAUUGGUCAUGGUCAUCGAAGCAGCAGGGAGGAAGGACGACGAUAACAUCUAUGUUGGACGUAUAGUUUUUGUGUGCAUUCAUGCUUGCAGUCAUGCUGGCGAUCUAUGUGUUUGAGUUCAGCAAAGCCCUGAGAGACUUUUGUUCUCUUUUGUUGUGUAUAUCCAGGAGUGACCCACAGCAUGUCCUCUCAGAGGCAUUUGAUUGGCGCUGUAAAGCUCUUAUAGUGUGUAUUUUAUCUGCUCAGAUUCACAGAUAUGUUAUUUUGUUGUUUGUUUUAAUGCGGGAGCACUUUUAUGAGUGGCAGUAGAAUACUAAUGUGCUUGUGAAUUGUGUUGCUCUUGCUAUGAGCCAGUUGUGUAGGGGGAGUUAUUGUAUCUCACACAGAUUGUGUUCUUAUCUGUGAAUAGAAAUAACACACACACAUUGUGGUACAUACAAACAAUAGAGCUUGGACUCACAAACACAACCCUUUUUGACUACGUGGUUGCCAGGAAACUUAGCCCGAGUCUUUAAGAGUGAAGGAUAAUAAAAGAAAAGGACUGUGUGUGAGUGUGUGUGGGGCCUCUGCUACUGUCUAGGCUACUGGGGGCAGUUAGUUAACUCUCAGUGGGUGUGAUGUGCUGCAGCCAGGACUGUUAACGUUGAUUGCCUCUCAGACUGGCUUAGACAAACGUCGACACAAAGCUCGGGCUGGAAUCGGCUGAGUCUCCUACGGACGAGACCCAGCCAAGGCCGAGACAAACCAACCAGAGGCUGAGGAUUUGUUUGAAAUGUCAUACAUUUAAGAAUGGUGUUUCAACACCUCAGAGCAGGGGGACUGUGGGACAGUUUACUGUGGACACCCAUUGUGGACUGAGAGGAUAAAAUUGGCCGUCUUGGUCUGAGCUGUAACCAUGGGAACGAGGAUGGAAGUUGCACAGCUUGAAAGCAGGAUGAACACUGAGGACUAUGGAAAGUUGCAGAAGCUUUUCCUUGACUCCUCAGGUGUAUCUCACUCCUUGUCCAGAGUCGAAUUCAUUGAUCUGGCUUGGUCAACAGUCGGCCAUGGGUCCAAGGAGGAAUAUGGCCUCCUAUUCGACAGUGUGGUUGUCGCUCAGGAGCACCGCGGCCUGCUUCUGGACAUCGACGCCGUGAAGGAAGAAGGACGUGUCGACUGGGGAGGGCUGUGCUCCUUUCUUCUGCAGGAGCUUUCUGAUAAAGUUAAGAACACCAGACCCCUACGAGCACCUUGCUGGAAGUCACCUCGCACCUUAACCUCUCCACAUCGAGACCCUGUUCAAAAGGUGUUGUACCUGCAGAGUUCAGGUCAGUAUGUGACUGUGAGUAGAGGAGGAACUGUGGGGCUGCGGGACGGAGAGGACAUGUCCCUCGUGAACACACAUCGACUGCAGAACAGCACCGUCGCACCCAAAGACCUCUGGGUCACUGACAUGGUGCUGCUGCAAAAUGUCCACAAGAUAGCCGUGUCUUUCACAAGUAAAGAGGUGUAUUUUUAUGACCUACUAUCAAAGCAGGACUUCAGCUGCAAGUAUAAACUCCAGGGUUUGAAGUUUACUCCCUGGUGUCUGGACUACUGGGUGGAUCCCUCUCAGCCUGACCAUGCUGUCCUCACCAUCGGAGACACUGGAGGACAGGUCAGUGCUUUAUAUUUUACCUCCGCCCAGAUCUCUCUGUUUGAGAGACUCAGUCUGAGGACAGACUCUGAUUCGGCAGACAUCAUCUUAUGGGAUGAUCUGGUCAAAGGCAAACAUCGCUGCUGUUACACCGUGACACAUCAAGCGCACGCACCUGCCUGGGUUAGAAAAGUGUGUUACCUGGGAUCGCUCGAGGCCUUUGUGUCGUGCUGCACAGCAGCACAGAGCAGCAUGGUGAUUGGCUGGAGGGAAAAGGAAAGCAGGAGCAUACGAGUCACUUCUUUCUUUACAGAGCGGGGCAUCUGGGACAUGGACCACCACUGUGGACUCAGUCUAAUAGCCACAGCAGGUGUGGAUCAUCAGGUCUUGCUGUGGAACCCUUAUGUGACCUCGGAGCCAGUGUGUGUGCUCAGUGGGCACAUGAGCCCCGUCACCGCAGUUCACUUCAUGCAGGCAAAGCAACAACUGCUCAGCUACUCCAAAGACAAGGUGCUCUGUCUGUGGGACGUGUCCAGCCAACUAUGCGUUCACCGUCUGGCUGGUGUCUUCCCAAAGACGCAGGAGGACACACACACUCUCCUUUACCUCCACGAGGAGCGCCAACACCUCCUGCUUUCCUUUAACAGCCUGCUUCUCCUGCUGGAGACAGCGAAGGAGGAGAAGAAGAUCAGCAGCCAUGAACACCCGGUUACCUGUGUGCUCUAUAACAGUCUCUUCAGACAGGUGGUCAGCAGCGACUCUGCCUCGUCUGUGAUAUGCUGGCAGGCCGACACAGGCCAAAAGGUCAAACAGUUCCACCGUUGUCAUGGCAACGCGGAGAUCUCCACCAUAGCCCUGGAUGGCACGCAGACCCGACUGUUUACUGCGGGCGCUGACGGAGAGGUCAAAGUCUGGGACUUCAACGGCCGCUGCCUCCACAGAAUGAACGCUGGGUUGGGUCGGGCCGUGGACAUCUCACAGGUGUUGUUGCUGAAGAGGAGCAUAGUGGUGAUGGGCUGGGAUAGGAUGCUAACAGUUUUCCGUCUGCAUUCCUUCUCGCAGUCUUUUGUUGAGCCCUCUGAGUGGAAGGGGGGCGUUGAGCAUCGCGGUGAUGUUCUCUGUGCUGCAUUCCAGCCUCCACAGACUCUAGUCACAGGAAGCUACGAUGGAGAGAUCAUAAUGUGGAACAGCAGCACAGAAAAAGCUUUAAAGAGACUGCGACCGCAUGCUGAACAUGAGGACAACAGGAGGAAGCAAGACAACCGCAUUGCCAUCACCAGACUGUUCUUCAUACCAGGACGCACAUCUGCGACUGCAGCUACAGGUGGUGCAGAUUUGGUGUCCUGUGGUGGUUCUGGUGUGGUUCAGCUCUGGAACACCCAAUAUGGUUGUCUAGUGGGACAGUUCACAGCUCACAACAAGGACCUGGGGUCUAUUGUGAUGACCGUCAGCCCCUGUGGAAAAUAUUUAGUCACGGCUGAUAGGGAAGGAACAAUCAAGACGUGGGACAUGAAGGAUUACUGUCUUAAACCAGAUGAAAAGGUGAAUAAAGAACUCCCAAAACUACUGCGCAGUUUUCGCCCGCAUCUCGAUCAGGUGACUCACCUGGAGACGUGUUUACACGGCGACAGACUCCUCCUCCUGUCUUCAUCGUCAGACUGCAGCGUUGCCCUUAGCGACCUGCCUGGAGACACCGUCGGUCUGUUCGGACAGGACCACUGGUGCUUGGAGAGAGCUGGACCACUGCAUGGACCGGAGCAGGACCAGAAGGACCCCAGAGGGCGAGAAAACACCAGACUGGAAGGAAAGAGAUCACCUGCAGUGCUCGGAGACUCUAAUACUGACCCGGGACAUGACAGCGCUGCAGAGGAAGGACGGGUGAGGGUAAAAGAUGAGGACUGUGAGAGAAAGAUCGAAGUGGACACAAGAGAACCUUGAUGCAGGUGAAGAUUCGCUUACAUUGCGCCUUAUUUGCAGCAAAUUCAGCUUCAUCUUCACUGUGUUUUUCCAGGAGUCUGCACAGUGUUUUGGAGCUGAUGUGUCUUCACAUGGUCUGCUGUGACUUGAAUUGGAUGUCUGAGGCAUUCAGUCUUUUCUUGUAUGAAACAAAAUCAUUAUUAUUUACUCUAAACCAUGAAAAAUAGUGAUGAUAGUUCACAAAAGGAACUCAGACAUUGUCUGUCAUGAAGGCGCAAGGACUUGAGUCAUAAAAACACUGCUAAACUGUAGCUUUUUCACAUAAUAUUUCCAUGCCCGAGGACAGUGUGGUGUGUAAGCGUGAAUAGUCAAGCUGUAAAAAAUGAAAUGGCAUUCCAAUUCUGUGAUUCUUGCUUUUUUAUGCUUAGAAAAUAGAAAGAGUUCAGCAUAAUUUCAGGGGAUUAGACUGGUUUCAAACUGAUUGCACUGCAGUGACAUAAGGGUUAAGAAAAGUUGAGACGGUCUUUACUGCACUUGCCAAAGUCACUCUCCUAUUCAUGGCCGAUACAGUAGCUUCAGGCUCUGCAGAGAUUCAGCAGCACAAAGAGGAAACUCUGAUUCUCGGGUUUUCCGGAUCUGUGUCAUGGAUUUUCAUGUCAUGUCAUUCUGAUGGGACUCGUAUGAGUGAAAAUAUGGAAUAGAUAAAUUAUGUUAUUAUAAUAAUUACACUAAUCUGUAAAGAUGCUGACUGGAUAUGUUUUUGGUUCAUUUUGCUGAAUAUCUGGCUGUAUUUAUGUCAUGUUGGGGUGUGCAGUCUCAAAUGUGGGAGGUACAACAAAUAGACGGUUAUCAAGUAACUGACAAAAAACUAGAAUAGAAAAUAGCACCCAUCUUUAGACUAUGUCACAGUGUAUUUGUCUUGAUGUCCUCUUGCAGUUUAUAUUUCUUGCUUCAUUCACGUUUUUAAUUAUCUAUACUCAUACUAGACAUAAAAUAGUCUUCUUUCAUAUUAUACUAUAGUUUGAUGUCAGGAAUUGAUCAUAUUUGUGUAAAAAUUACGUUAAAUAUUUAGGUUCAAUUUAGUGUCUUCAUGCUGAGCGCAGAGCAGCCUGAGCUUCAGAUUUACUGUUAAGAAAAUAACACAUUUGGAUGUUUUAUGGUAAAUUAGGUGGUAAACCAACAUGGAAAAUCAGCAAACAGACAAAAAAAUAUUUUUUUUUCUCCAAAAAGCCCAUCCAGAGUCCAGUUGGUGUACUGUAGACUCUUGCGUAGAUGCCUCACUCCAUAAAGGUUUGAGUAAUUACUUUGACCAUGAAUGUUCAGCCAUAACCUUUAGGAAGAGUGCAGAAAAGAUAAUCUGACCUUUAAGUUUGGAUUUUUUUGGCAUAUCCUAAGUAACUACAACUCCUGGAGAAUCAAGAUGAUGAGAUACAAGUUCAGGCAUGGCAGCAUUUUGAGCUAAAUUUGAAUGUCAAUAUUCUAACAUGCUGACAUGACAAUGUUAACAUGUUGGUGUUAAGUUUGUGUAGUGUUUCCCAUGCUCACCAUCUCCGUUUAGCAUGUUUCAGUCACCACCAAGUACAUGAAACAUAUCUUUAGUUUUCUUUUUUUUUUUUGUAUUAAAUCAUAAACCAAAGCGAUGUACAAACUGAAAAUUUGACCUGAUGAUAGUUUUAGAUGAAAUAAAAACCCACACUGCUGGUACUAAAAUGAACACUGAAGAGGAAAUUUGAGCAUCUAAACCAAAUUACAUCAUAAUCAGCUCACUCAAAACCCCUAACGUUAUGGUGUGGAUGUAAGAAAUGUAAGAAAAUCAUCAAAAUCCACAAUAUGAUGUUUCAGUCUGCACCAAAGUGGUGGACUGGCCGGCUGGCAGAUCUAACAUUGUCAUGCACAGAGCCACACUGCUCCUGUGGCUAAAAAUCUGUCCAAGGCUAUCAUCAAAAUGAAAAUGAGAGUUAAUUGCUGGAAUGAACACAAUUCUGAUAUGAUGUAGCAUAAUUUCUACAAAGAUAUCGGUAUAAUUAAGUCUUUUACAGUAAUGUGGCUAUUGCCAUUCAGGGCGCUGCGGCAGAUCUAAAGUGUUUUGUGCUUUUCUUCAGAACCAGUGUUCAGGCUCUUGUUAAGACAUUUUUACACAUAAAGCAUAAAGAUGGGUUAGUACAACUCAAAAUCAUGUCAAAAAUAAAGAUAUGUCUUUCUUAAGGCACAUUUACAUUG